UCUCUCUCUCUCUCUCUCUCUUUCUUUUCCUUCCUCUUCUUCCUCCGAGAACCCCGAUUCCAAUCCGGAUCUCGAUCUCGAUUCUAGGGUUUCGUCGCGAUCUCUAUCUCUCUCCCUCUCUAGCGAUCCAAAUGGACGCGGUCGACUCCGUCGUGGAUCCCCUACGAGAAUUCGCCAAGGAUAGCUUCCGCCUCGUCAAGCGGUGUCACAAACCCGAUCGCAAAGAGUUCACGAAGGUGGCGGUGCGCACGGCGAUCGGGUUCGUGGUGAUGGGAUUCGUCGGAUUCUUCGUGAAGCUGAUCUUUAUUCCGAUCAACAACAUCAUCGUUGGUUCCGGUUAGGUGACGAGAUUUUAGUCACGUAGGUUUUCUUUAGAUUUCAGGUUAAACGGAAAAACAGGCAAAAAAACAGCACAAGCAACUCUCAUGUAGGUUUCUUUUCCUUGAUCACAUAGAAACUUUUACCUGAAUCACCAUACAAACUCCCCAUUUAAGACACUAUAUUUUUUAAUUUUUGGUUCGCUCUUCUUUUUCUGUUUUUUUUUUUGGUGUGGAAUUUGCAAUCUUCAAACCCUUAGUGUAGUCAAAUGCAAUUAAUUCCCAUUUCCUAUUCUACGUGGAUUUGACAAUUACCCCAGGUAGUUUUUAUUUUUCAAAUUUCAAAUUUCAAAUUUCAAUUCUGUGUUUGGGGUAGCAAACUUUUGCUAGACACAAUGGGCUGUGUGAUUAGCAGAUUUAGUCUCGAGUAGUGUAAUGUUUCUGUGGGUGGUAAAUUUGGCCUUGGUUCUAAAUCCAUUCUUUA